AUGGCGUCUCUGCAGAAAUUCAAACUGCUCGCCACGCAAUGCGGAGUCGCUCCGAGCCCCACGCGGAGCCCGAGGACGAGCCCCGUCGUCCACUUCCGCCGCCGCAAGACCACCCUCCGCAUGCUCCUCACCCGGAGCUCCGGCCGCCGCAAUAGGGACGAGCCCGCUCCCCCGCCGAUCUACGCGGCGGCGCCGGAGAGGAGGCGGGGGUCGCUGAAGGACCUGUUCGUGUCGUCCCCGGCGGCGGAGGAGGAGGAGGAGGGAGACGGAGGGAGGGAGAGCACGAUCGACGGCGGCGGAGGAGGAGGAGACAGGUACCAAGUGUGGAAGAUGAAGGUGAGCGAAUUGGGGAUGGGAUCGCCUCGUCCGCCGCCGGGGGCGGCGGCGGCGGGGUGGAUGGGGUUCAGGCACCGGUCGAUUUUGCGGCGAGCUUGGCGGCCUGUCCUCGUCGGCAUUCCCGAGACUGCCGGCGACGACGAUGAUGAGUCCGAAAAACUGCGUCUCCUUUCUUAA